CCUCGCCUCUCCUGCUGUUUGCCAACCGCCGGGACGUGCGGCUGGUGGACGCUGGUGGAGUGAAGCUGGAGUCCACCAUAGUGGCCAGCGGCCUGGAGGAUGCGGCAGCCGUGGACUUCCAGUUCUCCAAGGGUGCUGUGUACUGGACAGAUGUGAGCGAGGAAGCCAUUAAACAGACCUACCUGAACCAGACUGGGGCAGCUGCACAGAGUGUCGUCAUCUCUGGCCUUGUGUCACCUGAUGGCCUUGCCUGCGACUGGGUUGGCAAGAAGCUGUACUGGACAGACUCAGAGACCAACCGCAUCGAGGUGGCCAACCUCAAUGGGACAUCUCGCAAGGUGCUCUUCUGGCAAGACCUGGACCAACCGAGGGCCAUUGCUCUGGACCCCGCACAUGGGUACAUGUACUGGACAGACUGGGGGGAGACUCCCCGGAUCGAACGGGCGGGAAUGGAUGGCAGCACCCGGAAGAUCAUCGUGGACUCUGACAUUUACUGGCCUAACGGGCUAACCAUUGACCUAGAGGAACAAAAGCUGUACUGGGCUGACGCCAAGCUCAGUUUCAUCCACCGAGCCAACCUGGACGGCUCUUUCCGGCAGAAGGUGGUGGAGGGCAGUCUCACGCACCCCUUUGCCCUGACACUCUCUGGGGACACUCUCUACUGGACGGACUGGCAAACCCGCUCCAUCCACGCCUGCAACAAGCAGACUGGGGAGAAGAGGAAGGAGAUCCUCAGCGCCCUCUAUUCACCCAUGGACAUCCAGGUGCUCAGCCAGGAGCGGCAGCCUCCCUUACACACCCGGUGUGAAGAGGACAACGGUGGCUGCUCCCACCUAUGCCUGCUCUCCCCGAGGGAUCCUUUUUACACGUGCGCCUGCCCCACUGGGGUACAGCUUCAGGACAACGGCAAGACGUGUAAGGCAGGGGCUGAGGAGGUGCUGCUGCUGGCCCGGAGGACAGACCUGCGGAGGAUCUCGCUGGACACGCCCGACUUCACAGACAUUGUGCUGCAAGUGGGUGACAUACGACAUGCCAUCGCUAUCGACUAUGACCCUCUGGAGGGCUAUGUGUACUGGACGGACGAUGAGGUGCGGGCCAUCCGCAGGGCAUAUCUUGAUGGGUCUGGGGCACAGACACUGGUCAACACGGAGAUCAACGACCCUGAUGGCAUCGCUGUGGACUGGGUCGCCCGAAACCUCUACUGGACAGACACAGGCACUGACCGCAUUGAGGUGACUCGCCUCAAUGGCACCUCCCGAAAGAUCCUGGUGUCUGAGGACCUGGAUGAACCCCGGGCCAUCGUGCUGCACCCUGUGAUGGGCCUCAUGUACUGGACAGAUUGGGGGGAGAAUCCCAAAAUCGAGUGUGCCAACCUGGAUGGGCGAGAUCGGCGUGUCCUGGUGAACACCUCCCUCGGGUGGCCCAAUGGGCUGGCCCUGGACCUACAGGAGGGCAAGCUGUACUGGGGAGAUGCCAAGACAGACAAAAUUGAGGUGAUCAAUGUGGAUGGGACAAAACGGCGGACCCUGCUGGAAGACAAGCUCCCACACAUUUUUGGGUUCACGCUGCUCGGGGACUUCAUCUACUGGACUGAUUGGCAGCGGCGCAGUAUCGAACGGGUGCACAAGGUCAAGGCCAGCCGGGAUGUCAUCAUCGAUCAGCUACCCGAUCUGAUGGGACUCAAAGCAGUGAAUGUGGCCAAAGUUGUUGGAACCAACCCAUGUGCGGAUGGGAAUGGGGGUUGCAGCCAUCUAUGUUUCUUUACACCCCACGCCACCAAGUGCGGCUGCCCCAUCGGCCUGGAGCUGCUGAGCGACAUGAAGACCUGUAUCAUCCCCGAGGCCUUCCUGGUCUUCACCAGCAGAGCCACCAUCCACAGGAUCUCCCUAGAAACCAAUAACAACGAUGUGGCCAUCCCACUCACUGGCGUCAAGGAGGCCUCCGCACUGGAUUUUGACGUGUCCAACAACCACAUCUACUGGACGGAUGUGAGCCUCAAGACCAUCAGCCGAGCCUUCAUGAACGGGAGCUCUGUAGAACAUGUGAUUGAGUUUGGCCUGGACUACCCUGAAGGCAUGGCUGUCGACUGGAUGGGCAAGAACCUCUAUUGGGCAGACACAGGGACAAACAGGAUCGAGGUGGCCCGGCUGGAUGGGCAGUUCCGGCAGGUGCUUGUGUGGAGGGAUUUGGACAACCCCAGGUCUUUGGCCCUGGAUCCCACUAAAGGAUACAUCUACUGGACUGAGUGGGGCGGCAAGCCAAGGAUCGUGCGGGCAUUCAUGGAUGGGACUGAUUGCAUGACUCUAGUGGACAAGGUGGGCCGAGCCAAUGACCUCACCAUUGACUAUGCUGACCAGCGCCUCUACUGGACCGAUCUGGAUACCAACAUGAUUGAGUCGUCUAACAUGCUGGGUCAAGAGCGCAUGGUUGUUGCGGACGACCUGCCCUAUCCCUUUGGCCUGACACAGUACAGUGACUACAUCUACUGGACUGACUGGAACCUGCACAGCAUCGAGCGGGCUGAUAAGACCAGUGGGCGAAACCGUACCCUCAUCCAGGGCCACCUGGACUUCGUGAUGGAUAUCCUGGUGUUCCACUCCUCCCGUCAGGAUGGCCUCAACGACUGUGCGCACAGCAACGGCCAGUGUGGGCAACUGUGCCUCGCCAUCCCUGGAGGCCACCGCUGCAGCUGCGCCUCACACUACACGCUGGACCCCAGCAGCCGUAACUGCAGCCCGCCCUCCACCUUCUUGCUGUUCAGCCAGAAAUUCGCCAUCAGCCGCAUGAUUCCCGAUGACCAGCGCAGCCCGGACCUCAUCCUGCCCCUGCACGGGCUGAGGAACGUCAGGGCCAUCGGCUAUGACCCACUGGACAAGUUCAUCUACUGGGUGGACGGGCGUCAGAACAUCAAGCGAGCCAAGGAUGACGGCACCCAGCCCUCUGUUCUGACCUCUUCCGGCCAAAGCCUGAGCCCAGACAGACAGCCACAUGACCUCAGCAUUGACAUCUACAGCCGGACACUGUUCUGGACCUGUGAGGCCACCAACACCAUCAAUGUCCACCGUCUGGAUGGGGAGGCCAUGGGUGUGGUCCUUCGGGGGGACCGUGACAAGCCAAGGGCCAUUGCUGUCAAUGCUGAACGAGGGUACCUGUACUUCACCAACAUGCAGGACCACGCGGCCAAGAUCGAGCGCGCUGCCCUAGACGGCACUGAACGCGAGGUCCUCUUCACCACGGGCCUUAUCCGCCCAGUGGCCCUUGUGGUAGACAAUGCUCUGGGCAAGCUCUUCUGGGUAGAUGCAGACCUGAAGCGUAUUGAAAGCUGUGACCUGUCAGGGGCGAACCGCCUGACCCUGGAGGACUCCAACAUCGUGCAGCCGGUGGGCUUGACGGUGCUUGGCAGGCACCUCUACUGGAUAGAUCGCCAGCAACAGAUGAUUGAGCGUGUGGAGAAGACUACUGGGGACAAGCGGACUCGUGUCCAGGGCCGCGUCACCCACCUGACAGGCAUCCAUGCUGUGGAGGAAGUCAGCCUGGAGGAGUUCUCAGCCCAUCCAUGUGCCCGGGAUAACGGCGGCUGCUCCCAUAUCUGCAUUGCCAAGGGUGACGGAACGCCUCGGUGCUCAUGCCCUGCCCACCUUGUGCUCCUGCAGAACCUGCUGACUUGUGGUGAACCUCCCACCUGCUCCCCUGACCAGUUUACAUGUGCCACCGGUGAGAUAGACUGCAUCCCCGGAGCCUGGCGCUGUGAUGGCUUUCCUGAGUGUGCCGACCAGAGUGACGAGGAGGGCUGCCCCGUGUGCUCAGCCUCCCAGUUCCCCUGUGCACGCGGCCAGUGCGUGGACCUGCGCCUACGCUGUGAUGGUGAAGCCGACUGCCAGGACCGCUCAGAUGAAGCCAACUGUGAUGCUGUGUGCCUGCCCAACCAGUUCCGGUGCGCCAGUGGCCAGUGCGUCCUCAUCAAGCAGCAGUGCGACUCCUUCCCCGACUGCGCCGAUGGCUCCGAUGAGCUCCUAUGUGAAAUCACCAACCCACCAUCUGACGACACCCCAGCCCACAGCAGCGCCAUCGGGCCCAUCAUUGGCAUCAUCCUGUCGCUCUUCGUCAUGGGCGGGGUCUACUUUGUCUGCCAGCGUGUGAUGUGCCAGCGCUACACGGGGGCCAAUGGGCCCUUUCCCCAUGAAUAUGUCAGUGGAACCCCUCAUGUACCUCUCAACUUCAUUGCUCCAGGCGGCUCGCAGCAUGGUCCCUUCCCAGGCAUCUCUUGCAGCAAGUCAAUGAUGAGCUCCAUGAACCUGGUUGGGGGCCGGGGCGGCGUGCCCCUCUAUGACCGGAACCACGUCACCGGGGCCUCGUCCAGCAGCUCAUCCAGCACAAAAGCCACGCUGUAUCCACCGAUCCUGAACCCACCGCCAUCCCCUGCCACAGAUCCCUCCCUGUACAACAUGGACAUGUUCUAUUCUUCAAACAUUCCGGCCACCACCAGACCGUACAGGCCCUACAUCAUUCGUGGUAUGGCACCCCCAACAACGCCUUGCAGCACAGAUGUGUGCGACAGCGACUACAGCACCAGCCGCUGGAAGACCAGCAAGUACUACCUGGAUUUGAACUCGGACUCAGACCCUUACCCGCCCCCACCCACACCCCACAGUCAGUACCUCUCGGCGGAAGACAGCUGCCCGCCCUCACCUGUCACCGAGCGGAGCUACUGUCACCUCUUUCCCCCACCUCCGUCCCCCUGCACGGACUCAUCCUGACCUUGGCCGCCCACCUCGGCCUCGCUGUGCCCCUGUAAAUAUUUUUAAAUAUGAACAAAGGAAAAAAUAUAUUUUAUGAUUUAAAAAUAAAUAUAAUUGGGAUUUUAAAAACAUGAGAAACGUGAACAGUGACGGGGGUGGGCUGGGCAAACCUUGUACAAUGGAGAAAAUAUUUAUAAACUUGAUUUUUUUAAA